AUGUAUGAGCUGCUUGCUGUACAUUUCGAUUUCACCUUCUGUGCAAACGUCGAUACUUUGAGACGGACCACGCUCUAUUUCAGCAUGCUAGAACAUCUGCGAGGGCACAUCCGUGUUGCAUCACGUGCAAACGCACUUUCAAGGACAUCGAGGCCUAUACUCAGCACAGAGAAUCUAAGCAUCUCUUUCACUGCAAUACAUGCAAAUGCGACUUCCUCUCUGAAGGUGCUAGAGAGCUGCAUCACCAUAUCUCUGCUAACCAUUCAAGUUGCCCUCGAUGCGACCUUGGCUCAGGUCUCUUGUGUCGCCUGCAACGGCCGUGGGUUUUAUGUAGACGAGUCAGAAGGCCAUUGUCCCAAUCCUUCUAAUCGCCCAAAAUGCGAUCGAUGUGCCGUCGGGGUCGAAACCCUUGAUAAGAACAAUACAUCUCAUUACUCAGAACAUGGACGCGAAGUAUGUCCGUCGGCGUUCGCUACUGCUCAGGAAUUGGAACCGCAUAUCAAAGAAUCUAGUGCCCAUCCACGCACACCAAGUGUACACGUCUUGAACACUCCUUGCUCAUCUUCCUACACUACCGGACCUGCCGUGAGAUCAAGUCCUCACCUCAAGUCGUCUUCGACUGCAUCGCCGAUAGUCCAGGUAACUCCAACGCAGUUUUAUCGUUCCUCGCCAAUGCCCUCAAAUAAAUUAGGGACAUUUGAUCGAUAUCGAGAGCAUAUUUUCAACACUGCGCCUGAUGCUUCGUCAUGCUCGAGCUCAGUCUUCUCUCUUUCCAGCUCCAAGACAAUGACUUCGGCACUAGGAACACUGACCCCUCUUCCUGAAACGGAUGAGGACAUACCUGCAGCUCAUAUGUUGGGAAAUGCGUUGUAUCAUGAAUUCUCGCUUUCACGACACCCGACACCUUUUCAUACGUCGGACCGCACAGGAAAAAGGAGUUGGGCUUCGCCGUCGAUCAGUCGAAGCGCGAAUGAUUCUGUCGAUUCCCCGGCAUCGACUCCUCGUCAGGAUACGGCACCUUCUGUCUUUGAGGAGUUCCUCUUUCAUUUGCCGAGCAUUGAUACACACAAUCUCCCAAAUUCUUUCGAGAGAAUCAAGGAUGCGACUGGUAUCUCGCUCGAGGUCACACCUAGCACAGCUCGAUCGAAGGGUCCCCUUGCACGAACAUCAUUAUCCGGAGAUCUUUCCCGUUUUCACCUUCUCAAAGGUGUCCCUUCUCCUGUAGAAUCUCUCAAACCCCUAGUCAGCCCAUCUCAUGCACAGAGCAACGAGAUCGACAGCGCCAAUGGCAAAACAUCUGUCCAAUCCAUCUCGUUUCAUUGUAGAGUUUGUCGGGUUGAUCCAUGCAGAAAUGUUACUGCAACAGCCUGCGGGCAUAUUUUCUGUUACGAGUAA